GUGCUGUGCACAGGGUGGCCUGUAGGGACUCCAUUCCCAGCAUGCAUUGCGCAGGGAGACGUGUGGUUGCUGCUGAAUGGCCGGGCUGUAGAGGGAUGUGGAGGCUCUGGGUUGAACGACCAAACUGAGGAUUUCUGUAGUCGGGAUGGCACUUGUGACCGUUUUUCUUCUCCUCCUCCAACUACUCUCGGCGCUGGCGCUGAAGGAGGAAAUGGAAUGUACAGAGAACAACGGCGGUUGGUUGUGGAACAAUUACUCCCCAGUACAGGAGGAGGAGAGCUGUACAGUGGAGAGGAGAGACGGCUCCAUCACCUACUCUGAGUUUAUUGAACAAUAUGCCUAUAGGAGGCCGGUUAUUCUGCAAGGAAUCACAGAUAACUCGGCGUUUCGGACUUUGUGCAGGAAGGAUCACCUUCUCAAAACCUAUGGAGACCACCUAGUGCGCUUGAGUACAGCCAACACUUAUUCCUAUGAAAAAGUGGAUGUUCCAUUUCAGGAGUAUGUGGAGCAUUUGUUGAGACCGCAGGAUCUGAAGACGCUGGGAUGUGAUACUCUGUAUUUCUUUGGGGAUAAUAAUUUCACGGAGUGGGGAUCUCUGUUUCAGAAGUAUAUCCCACCACCGUUCAAGCUGCCGGGCACUACCGGGGCGUACAGUUUUGGCGUAGCUGGUUCAGGUACGGGUGUUCCCUUCCACUGGCAUGGACCUGGCUACUCAGAAGUUAUAUAUGGCAGAAAGCGCUGGCUUCUUUACCCUCCGGACAAGACCCCUGAAUUUAACCCGAAUAGUACCACCUUAUCUUGGAUGUUUGACGUGUACCCCUUCCUUCCAGCUGAGGAACGACCAAUCGAAUGUACCAUCCGGCCCGGAGAGGUGUUGUACUUUCCUGACCGCUGGUGGCAUGCCACCCUAAACCUGGACACCAGCGUCUUCAUCUCUACAUUCCUCGGAUAGUGAACAUUUUCAUGGUCAAACAGUUCACAUCAACCCCCCCCAAGCCUCAGGGAACAUAAACGGACAAUGAUCUAUGGACAGCAGCCAAGGUCGUAGCCGGCAGGAUCCACUUCUGUGAAGUUCACACUGCGUUGGUUUCACCCAGCACUCUCUCUUUUAAGGUUCAGAAUUCCAAAAACAGGAAAUAUCUACUUCAUUCCUUCAGGUUUUGCACAUCAUUUUAUAUUGAGUAAUCGCAACUGACAGCAAAUAAUUUUAUGACUGUUUUGUUUCCAAGUAAUAAAACAAAUAUUGCUGAUAAUGCAUCUGGACUAUGGAAAGAAUUUUAGUAAUUAAAUCCUAAUUUAGGAAAA